UUUGUGUGCUCUGCAUAUUCAGCUCCUCCCCAGACUCUGUGCUCUGCAUAUUCAGCUCCUCACAGAGUUCAAAUUUCACUUUAGUUCCCUGAACUCUGUUGGGGGAAGAUCUGUGACUGCUGCGCUGGUGAAGGUGGAGAGCUGUUGGUUGUGGAUGAUGGAUCUAAAGAGGUAUCUGCACAGGGUUGGUCUCAGUACCCAAAAGCCACCUUCCCUGGCUGCACUGCGUGAGUUACACCACCAUCACCUCCUCUCGGUGCCUUUCGGAAGUCUCAGCAUUCACAGUGGAGAGAAGAUCAUUCUGGACCAAGCUCUUAUCUAUGAUAAAAUUGUAGAGAGGAGGAGGGAUGGGUUCUGCUAUGAGAACAAUGGGCUCUUUCUGUGGGUGCUCCAAGAGUCGGGGUACCAACCUGUGGUUCUCUCGGCCAGGGUGUGGAACAGUAUAACCAAAGUGUAUGGGCCUCCCUAUGACCACAUGAUCCUGGCAGUGGAGCUUGAGGGACGGCGGUGGCUCUGUGACGUAGGCUUUGGAGAAGGUAUUGCAUUCCCAAUCCCCCUGGAGGCAGGAUGGGAAGGGGAGCACGAGAGUGGGGUGUUCCGGCUGCAGAAGACAGAGGAGGAGGAGUGGUACUUGGAGAGGAAGGAAGAUGGAGAUUGGAAAAUCCUUUACAAGUUCACUCUGGAAGAGCAGAGGUUUGAGGACUUUAGAGAGAUGUGUAACUAUCAACAGAUGUCCCCAAGCUCCAUCUUCUUCUGCAAGUCCUUCUGCUCCAUUUUGCUCCCCCGAGGCAGAAUGACCUACAUGGGGCACAGGCUGAUCAGCACCGAAUACACGGCAGGAGGAGGCACCGUGAAGACCACAGGUGACCUGAUGGAGGACGAGAUCCCACAUGUGCUCAGAGACAAGUUUGGGAUUGUCCUCAAUGGAAAAUUUGUGCCUAAGGAUGAGCCCAUUGUGCCACCAAAGUGCGACUAACACACUGAUGGGGGGGAUCACAAAAUUGCCUUAUUAUAGAUUCUUACUAAUUUACAGGCCUUUAAAGGCAAUUGCACCAGGGGUAACAAACCCCACCAUAAUUACCCCUUAUUCAUUCCAAUGGAAAUCAUGUGGACUUACAGGUUUACUUACAGAACAGGCAAUUGUAGUGUAGAAAUGUUGUCAUCUUAAAUAGAUGUAACUCAGAUAAUAAUGACCGUCCCUCGUGACUAGGAGAGCAACCUCUAUCAGUAUUUAAAAAGAUAAAUGUUGAAUACAAAAUGAAUAUUGGCAUAGCAUGGGCAGGUCUUGCAUAGAUACCAGGUUUGUUAUACUGGGGCCUUGAACUAGUGCUAGAGAGAGAAAGGAAAGGCUGUUGGAGAAUGCUGGGAACUGUAGUUUAAGAAGUGCUGGAAUGCUGCAUGUUAUAUGCUCCUGAGUUAAAGGGAAACUAAAACCUAUGGUUUCUAUUGCCAUAAAUGUUCUACAAAACCUGUUUGAUUGUGACAGGUUCUCUUUAAGUUCAAAAUGUUUCCUGAUCUAUUGGCUUCAGCAACCUUUGGCCAAUGCUCUGCCCCUCUGAUGUGUUCAAUAUACUUUCAGAUAAUAAUAUUAAUAAGCUGGACCCAAAAGUCCCGAUAUUAUGUGUUUUUAAGUGAAAAUAUCCCACUGUUUAGAAAUAGUGUAAACCAGAUAAAAGUGCUGACUUGGUGACUGUUAAUAACAGGCAGAAUGUAUUUUAUUGUUUUGUAUUUUAUGGGGCAAGUCAUACUGAAUACACAUACGGACCAAGUAGUUGUGACACCCUAUGCAAAUUGGGUAUCAAACUGUUAAGAAGACCCCUGGGGUUCAUAUUUAGAAUGUUUCACCUCUGUAGAUAAGAGCACGUGGGACAGAAGGUGCUGUAAACUUCCGAAACUGCAUAAAAACACGUGACUUUUCAUAUCAAUUGUAUGUAUGUGCAUAUAAUAAAUGAAGAUUAUGACACA